UCCCACCCGAACAUCGACAGUGUCCACGGAGUAGAUAGUGCUCCAAAGCAAAUCUCAGAUCCGAUCACCAUUGCGCCUAAGAAGCCACCAGUUGGCGUCGAUUCUCUAUUGACCAAGCUCGACGCAUCCUCCCCCUCCUCCGCCCCCGCUGUUACCAAGAAAGCUGCUGACCCCACGGAAACCGCUGCCUCAAAGUCUCCUCCGAGCAACACAAAUAAUGCAAAUUGCAGAGCGAUUCCAAAAGCACUUCCGAACUCUCCGAAGAAGUUCAAAGGCUUCAGAGCACCGGCAGUGAAAGUGACAAAACCAAGCACCCCCGCGUACUCUGUUGAUCACUCCGCAACAAAAUGCAGCGUUACUACUGUUCGUCCUGAGAAUUCCCCUAUAUCCAAGGUCCAUGCUGUUGAUACCUCAGAGGACGGUGCAGCGGAACCCGAUCCGUUACAAG